AUGAAUCUGAUUUAUUUUAGGUAUAAACAAAUUAUUUUCUACACAUUAUACUUAUCAUAUUGGAUUAUUCAUAUUCUUACAUUUUGUACAUGCUUUGCAUAUUUCACAAAUUUGCCAGAAAUACAAGUUUAUGAAAAUCUAACAAUUGGUACAGUGAUUAUAUCCGACUUACGCAAUUUACUUGGUGUACCAAAAUCAAGUUAUAUAAAAUUAGGUCCUGGUUCAUUGACACAAUACUUUCGUUUAGAUAAUAUAACUGGCAAUGUACAUAGUAUAUCUUCAGUUGAUUUAGAAACAAGUAAUUUAUGCAGUGCAGAAAAUUCCUGCUGCCCUGAUUAUCAGCAUGAACAGGCGCCCAAUGAGUUGUUACAUAAUAAUCAAUAUACUGAAAAUGAGCUGAACUAUUAUUAUCCAGAAGAUUUGUCUAAUAACCUUGAUUAUAUGAGGGAAAAUGAAGUUUCACAACAUACAUAUCAGUGUAAAUUAACCGCUUUCAUAUUAGCUUCAAUAGAUAAUGUCAUGCAAAUAUCCCCAAUCGCGAAACUACAUGUAAACAUUAUCGAUUUGAAUGAUAACUAUCCACAGUUUAAUAAGUUUUUGGAUUAUCAAACUAAUUAUCGAUCGGAAUCCAUAUAUCUAUCCUAUUUCGAAGGUUCCUUAGGUGUGAACAUGAAACAUGAAUUACCAAGAGCAUUUGAUGCAGAUUUUUCACCGACAAAUCGUGUUAAAAACUAUUGGAUUGAAUGGGACAAUUCGAAUUAUAGAGCAACUGACAAUUUACAUCAAUCGUCAGUUAGUAAAUUUUCAACGUUUUCAUCUAAAUCUACAAUGACAUAUACAAAUGGUCAAAUUUGGUCUAAACUUGGCCCAUUUCGAUUGAUCUAUGAAAAAUCUGUUGGAAAUUUAAUUAUUCAACUUGAUCAUGAAUUAGAUCGUGAAGAACAGUCAAUUUAUAAACUACGUUUAAUAGCUCAAGAUGGUGGUGAUUUACGCGGUUCAAUUCAAUUAAUUAUUGAAGUAGAUGAUGUCAAUGAAUUCCCACCCAUGUUUAUUGAUGCCGACCAUGACAGUAAAAUGGAAAAUUCUCAUCUGCUUUUAUCGCAUACUACUCAAGAAGUUUUUAAAAAGCAAUAUAGAUUAAAAGAAUCUUUAGAUAUAGGUAGUCGUAUUGGACAAUUGAAAGCCAUUGAUCGUGACUUAUCAAUGUUAUCCAAUGAAUCAACCAAUCAAAUUACUUAUCAUUUCAGUUCAAAUCAAAUGAAUUGGGAUGCGACAAAUGUUUUUCACUUAGAUUCUCAAUCUGGCAUUUUAACUUUAAAACAUUCAUUAGACUAUGAAAGCGUUAAAAACUAUCGAUUAACUAUCAUAGCCACAGAUGGUAUAAAAAAUGAGAAAGAGACCUUGAAAUCAUUCAUUUCAACAAAAUCAACUAUCAAGAAAUCAUCACAGAUUAUUCACUCCGCUACAGCAUUAGUUGACAUUAUAGUUCUUGAUGUAAAUGACAAUCCACCAGUUAUAUUAUUUGACAAUGAUUAUAUCACAGCGAAUAAACAGAAUAAAAUAGCAACUUCAAGUAAAACAUUGAAUAUAACCAGUAAAUCACAUGAAAUAUGGAUUAAAGAAAACAUACCCAUUGGUACACCAAUUGUAUAUUUCAAUGUGAUUGAUCAUGAUACUGGCCAAAAUGGUCGUAUAUCAUGUCAAUUAUUAAAUUCAACAGAAAUAUUCAGCAUACAUAAAUUGUCUGAUUUGUAUCGAAUUGAAACACAAAGUUUGCUGGAUCGUGAAAGCAUAGAUCAAUAUACUGUCAUGAUACAAUGUCAUGAUAUGGGUGAACCAAUGUUAUACAAUACAAAAUCGUUAAUUAUUCAUUUAAUCGAUACAAAUGACUCACCGCCUAGUUUUCCAUUGAAUGUAUAUCAUUUUCAUGUAUUGGAAAACAGUAAUCCAGGAACACCGAUUCAACCGGUUAGUAAUGCAUAUCCAACAUUUAUUUCAGCUACAGAUCCUGACUUGAACAGUACUCUCACUUAUCGAUUAGAGCCGAGUGAACUCCAACCAUUGAACAAUCAAUCAGACAAUAAUAAUAAUAAUAAUAAUGUUAAUUUCAGAAAUCCUUUAUUAGAUUAUCAAUUAUUUUCUAUUGAUCCUAUCAAUGGUCAAAUAUUUACUCAAGGUGAAUUAGAUCGUGAAAAGAAAUCAUCCUUGGAAUUUUAUGUAUGUGUUAAUGAUAGAUUGUAUUCAGCAUGUGCAAAAGUCAUUGUAGAUUUAGACGAUACAAAUGACAAUGCACCAAGUUUUAAACAUGAUACUUAUGUGAUUAGUUUAGAAGAGAAUAAACAGUAUGAUGAACCAAUUAUUUUAUUCAGUGUAUACGAUUUAGAUUCAAAUAAUCAAGGCUUUAAAUUCAACAUUUGGAUUGAUUCGAAUAAACCGCCAGAACAAAACAAUGCAAUGCUGAUGCAACAAUAUCAAAAUGAAAAUUCCACUCAAUCACAAUAUAAUAAUAAAUCAAUAGACUUGAAGGCACAUGACAAUUUAGUCAGGAAACAUUUCACUUUAAAAGACAAUGCAUUAUACUUAUUGCAUAGUUUAGAUAGAGAACAAUGCACAGAUUAUCAUUUCUAUGUACAAGUACAAGAUGUACAUCGCAAUUUAGCACAUUUUAACAAUACACCACAAUUCAAUGCAUAUUUAACAAGUCAAACGGAAAUAUUUAUUCAUGUCACUGACACAAAUGAUAAUUUGCCAAUAUUUAUCUUUCCAAAUGCGACCACAUCCUCUGGUAAUCGACUCAUUACAUCAUGUCGUGAAAUGAUAGGCAGUUCAAUUGGUCAAAUACAAGCAUAUGAUCCGGAUCAAGGCUUGAAUGGAACAAUUAUUUAUAGUUUAAUUAUGCCAUCAUUGAAAACACAAUCGCUGUUUUAUUUAAAUAAUAUUUCCGGUGAAUUAUUUGUUCAUACUGAUCGAUUAGUUGAAUAUUGUGGCAAGAAUAUCACUUUAAUUAUAUCGAUCAAUGAUCAAGGUUCACUGACAAGUAAAAUUCAAAGAUCUUCACCAAUGGAACAUUUAAUUAUUCAAUUAGAUGAUAUACCAAUUAAAGUUAAAUCAUCAUCAUCAUCAUCAAUAAUUUCACAAGAACAAAAUCACCAAUUGAAACAGAAAUGGACAUUGAAUCCCACUAGUCUAUCCGAUUCAAAUUUGUUGAUUAGUACUAGUAGCAAUCACAAUAAUGAUAAUACAAGUACAUUUACAACAAAAAUUAUUCUUAUCAUUACACUUGGCAGUUCAACUAUUUUUCUGAUUGGUUUAUUAAUUAUAUCAACUAUAUUAAUAUUAUAUAGUAAAUCAAAACGUCGAAAAUUAUUAUUUGCAUUAAAAAACUUACAAUUAAAAGAGAACAUUCAUAAAAUUCAAUAUGGCGCUAAUCAUACAACAAAUGAACAUUUAAUUUGUAUGGAUUGUAAACAAAAAGAAUUAAGUAAAAUGUUAUUUCCCCCCGCUGCUACUGCUACUGUUAACAAUAAUAAUAAUAAUGAUUAUUCAACGAAAACAAGUGAACAUUAUCCGACUUCGAUGUUGAAGCCGAAAUCGAUUAAUGAAGAAGAAGUUGUUGAUGCUAAUGUUGAUCAUCAACAUCCUCCUCAUAGUGAACAAGGUAAUGUUCGAAUUCAUUUGCAUUCUUAUAGUCCAUAUACAACGUACGGAUUACGUCACUGCAUCCAUGAUUCAAAUAGUGUAAACAUACCAGAAUUCAAAGAUGACAAUAUUAAUGAUCAUAAACAACAGAAUACAGUUUAUCCAACUUCUCAUCUACAUGAUUCUAAUUUCGAUAAUCAUUGUCUACUCGGUCAAUCACCUUCAUUGUUAUCUACACUAUCAUUAUCACCAUCACAACAACAGAAAAGACAAUUACCAACUUUGUCAUCAUCGUUCAGGAGAGAAGGCCAACCAAGUUGUAAUAGAGAUAGUGGCAACAAUUGUUUGAUAACAUCAGGUUGUUCUAUAUUGAAUUGUGAAGAAACUGAACACUCAUCAGCAUUACGAACAAUAUCCCAACCACGAAACGAUCAAGUAACUCCUAUUUCAGUAAAAUUAAAUAUUCAAUCUCACUGUGACACUUUACGAAAACAUCUUGAUCAUCAUGAUCAAGGAAUAUUGAAUGGAAGCCAGAAAAUAUUUGAAAACAAUGAGAAAUGCAACAUUACACAAGAUUAUCAACGGAUAAAUAAAUGUGGCUAUGAGAAACCUCCUCUAUGUAGACCACCAUCUAGAUCCUUAUUGAAUAAUUGUAAUAAUAAUAAUGCUCUGUCUCAUAGUGCACAAAAAACACAACAUCUUCAAGACAAAUCGAAUUCUCCAAUACAAAUGCCUAAAACUGUCAGUUUUAUUCCACCUAUGCCAUGUUUUGAUAAUUACCCUUUAAAAAGAACAUUAGAUCAUAUUAAUACUAGUAAUAAUAAUACUAAUAAUAAUAAUAAACAUUUUAUGGAUAGUUUUAUAUUAAAAUCUACAUCUGGAACUUAUGAACUCUGCGGUCAUCAACAUCUUUGUCAAUUUAAAUCACAUCCAAAUAUUUCAGUUUGUACUAUUGCUGACAUAGACGAUCUACGCUUAAAUGACAAACCAAAUAUUUCACAAACCAAUCAAACUAUUAAUCCUCAAUUAUCUCCCUAUGGUAGACGAAAUUUUCUUCAUAAAAAAAACCAGUUGCCUCUCCCUCCACCAUUACCGCAUCGAUUUUUAACACCUCCGUGUACAAGGAGACUCAUACAAUCAAAUUGUCAUAUGAAACCAUUACCACUGAACGAGAACAAUGAAGGUUACAAGAUGUUUUCAAUGGAGAAACAAUGUAACUGUACCUUGGCAAAUGCUAACAAGCCACCUACUUCACCAAAAUUUUCAAACCAAGGAUUAUCUUUCAUGACGGAAGAUCGAAAUAUCACCGGUAAACAUGUUGCUUCUAUUGGUAUGAAUACAAGUGAUGCGGAUAAUCAAGAACGAAACAAUAACAUUCAUGAGACCUCCGACGAAACAUCAAACAUUCUAUGCUGUGAUUAUAUGAGUAAUUAUGAAUCAGAGAUUUGUUCACAGUGUCAAUUAAUCAAUUUUAGAAAUAGUCCAACACCUGUCCUUGAAGUUACACCUCGUUCCACAACUGUCGCUAUGAAAAGUGCUUUGAACGAUUGUACCAUCAUGACUAUCUGUACAACUGAUCCAACGCAUAGUACUCAUUCUGUUAUUAGUAGUAGUGAUUCAUCGUAUUAUACAAAAAAUAAUUGUCCAUUGUUCAAUAUUACUAAUGUGAAAAAUAAUCAACAUAAUGAAUAUAUGCAUCAGUUGGAUUAUUCAACAAAUUCUUUAACAAAUAUACGAGAUUUAUUUAAUUCAUGUGUAUAA